GAUGUCAUAAUCGUAAAUGCACUGAUAUCAGGGCAUAUCCGUCACUCUAUCGGUCUCACCGAUGGUCCCAUACCAUGAAUUUAUGAUGUUAUAAUAAAAUAAUGUAUACCACUCUGCUCUGCGACCUUCUCCAUAUCUUCCUCUGUUCAGUUUCAGUCCUCUCCAGCUUCCGCCUCAAGUAUGAAUACUCUGUUUCGAACCACCGAAUCGCCAUUCCUCCAAUAUUUAAACCAGCCAUCAACGAGCGAUAGAAGAAGGAGGAUCAGUUCCCUGCCGGUGCGAAUAGGUCUUGGACGAUCCACACGUACCGGACUCGCGAAGACCACGACGCGUAUGAUGGCAUCGUCAUCGUCGGCGGCGACGGAGACAGUGGGGAGAGAAGUGUUGAAGAAGGGGAUAGCGGACUUCUACGACGAGUCCUCAGGGAUUUGGGAGGACAUCUGGGGGGACCAUAUGCACCAUGGCUUCUAUAAUCCAGACGUUCAAGCUUCGAUUUCCGACCACCGAUCUGCUCAGAUUCGUAUGAUCGAAGAAUCUCUCAGUUUCGCUGGCGUUCCAGAUUCAUUGAAGAAGCCGAAGAGCAUAGUUGAUGUUGGGUGUGGAAUUGGGGGCAGCUCCAGAUACCUAGCGAGGAAAUAUGGGGCUCAAUGCCAAGGCAUCACCUUGAGCCCUGUCCAAGCACAAAGGGCUCAAGCUCUUGCAGCUGCCCAGGGAUUAGCAGAUAAACAGGUGUCUUUCCAAGUUGCGGAUGCUUUGCAGCAACCAUUUCCCGAUGGGCAGUUUGAUCUAGUUUGGUCCAUGGAGAGUGGGGAGCACAUGCCUGACAAAAAGAAGUUUGUGAGUGAGUUGGCCCGGGUAGCAGCUCCUGGGGCCACUAUAAUAAUGGUAACAUGGUGCCAUAGAGAUCUCUCCCCCUCCGAGGACUCGUUGAAGCCAGAAGAGGAGAAGCUAUUGAACAAGAUAUGUGAUGCUUAUUAUCUACCAGCUUGGUGUUCUGCUGCUGAUUAUGUGAAAUUACUUCAAUCCCUCUCACUCCAGGAUAUCAAAGCAGCAGAUUGGUCACAGUAUGUGGCUCCAUUUUGGCCUGCGGUGAUCCGCUCUGCAUUAACAUGGAAGGGUCUCACUUCACUACUUCGAAGUGGAUGGAAAACCAUGAAGGGGGCGCUUGCCAUGCCAUUGAUGAUCGAGGGAUACCAGAAGGAUCUCAUCAAAUUUGCCAUCAUUACUUGCAGAAAGCCAAAGUGAAUUACACAGUGAGGACAUGUAGUAGUCAGUGGGUUACUGGGUUAUCAUCCUUUUAGUCAACCUUCAGUAAUACGCCCCCAAUGCUUUAGUCAAAUUUAUUCUUCAACCGUUCUACUAAAAUUGCUAUUGAAUUUUAUUUAUGUAAGCAAUAAUUUAUUUGGAGUUGCCAUUGAUUCUAGUUAUGUGUACACUUCAUUGUUUCACAGGGCUAUAUUGAAUACAGUCGGAACAUAAUAGGCCAUGUAAUGUGUUAAGCAAAAAAUUGACUAUCUAUUAGUGGUCAAGAUAUUGGCCAUUACAGAGGACUUGCAUA